CCCGCCCGGCGCCGCGCCACCGUCCCGACCACCGUAACCGCCUCCUCUCCUCCCUCCCUAGCUCCCUGCUCCGCCCGCUCUCGCCGUCGCCGCCGACGCCUCCCCGGCUGCUCGGCUCUUCCUCCGAGCCCCUCCCCCUCGCCGUCUCCUGUUUCCAGGCGACAGGCGCGAUGAGGAAGAGGGAGAGGGCGGCGGAUGAGGAGGAAAAGGCGCCGAAAUCGCCGCGCCCGACCGUGGGCGGGAAGUCGCUGGCGUCCAUGGGCCUGCAGGGCGUGGUUGUUGCGCCACUAUCAGAUUCGAGCAGCAGCAGCAGCGACAGCGACGACGACAGCGGGCGGUGCCACCACCUGACCUUGGACAGCGAUGCUGUGGAGAUGGCUGUGCUCGAUCUCAGCAUCUCCGAGGUGCCUCCGACGUGCCAUGAACCCAGGUGCGGGGUCACCUGGAAGGGAGCCGGCUACGACAAGGAAGGGAUGACGCAGUGCUUGGAGUGCCACUAUAUUGGCUGCACUCGGGGGCUGGACAGGGAAGAUCCGCGGGGGCACGCCCUCGCCCACGCCGCCAGCAGCAAGCAUUACGUUGCUCAGUGGUACGAUGUACCCAACCUGGGCUUCUGCUUCAAAUGUGUGCGCGUUAUGAGGCUCAGUGACAGCCCGGCGCUCAACCAAGAGGAGUGUUCGGAGGAGGACAGAAAGAUUAAGGAACAGCGGGCAAUGGUGGCCAGCAAAACACUGCCGGCCGGCAAGUCAAAGGACGACUGGGGAACUACGGCCAGCAGUCCAAGGGUUGAUUGGCCAACGGCAGCCAGCACUCCAAGUCCAAGGGUUGAUUGGCCAACGGCAGCCAGCACUCCAAGUCCAAGGGUUGAUUGGCCAACGGUAGCCAGCACUCCAAUGGUUGAUUGGUCAACGGUAGCCAGCAGUUCAAAGGUUGACUUGGGAAAUGUGGCCAGGAAUAUACUGGAUCAGUGGGGAAUGGGGGCUGGGAACGAUAUGGCUGAGUCUGCUAUUGGGAAUGGGUAUAUUAUCAGAGGGAUGCCGAAUUAUGGAAACACAUGCUACAUGAAUGCAUCGCUGCAGUGCCUCCUUGCGCUUGGUAAGCUCAGGACAAUCAUUCUAGGGCCGGAUGCUUCCGAUGCUCGGUUGGGAACCAUGGGUCUGGAGCUGAAGUGGUUGUUUCAAGAGACAAGCAGUGUGAAUAAUGCCAGGCGCAUGCUGGACCCACAGACGAUAUUGGGAUGUAUGCAGUCGCUUUAUCAGGAUCGGUUCGAGGUCGGAAAGAUGGAAGACAGCCAUGAGUUUCUUACAUUAUUUCACACUGGUUUGGAUAAUGAGGUGGAGGAGCUUAACCGUUCGCAUGUCCUGGAAGGGGGUGGAGUGUUCCCUACAUUUGGCCAUUCCAUUUUCAGCAGCCAGCUGAUUCAGACCAUUUCCUGUAAAAGUUGCUCAUAUAAUUCAGUUUCGUUGCCGUCAGUCCAUGGUCUCCAACUGGGGGUGCCUUCAAAGGCCUCUCCAGCCAGAAGCAAGCCUUUGCAAGUUGGUAAGUCUAUGCGCUCCUGUACCUAACUUAAAAGAACAAUG